CUGCAUCCUGAACCACAUCCUUAACAACAUCAAUGACGUUAUAUUGGACAUAUAAAGGUCGACAACAUGUUAUAGACCUUUGACUAUUAACAGAACUUGGCAUGGAAUACGUAUUUCACUGCAGUGUCGGUAACGUCAUAUUACGUUGCACCCGAAGUUGAUGGUUCCUUCAAUCGGACACUUAAUAACCCAGGGUAUUGAAUGACAGGACGCUCCCGUCAAUGAGAAUUUGUUGCAAUAACAGAAAUGUUCCUGUCAACAAUAUCACUAACGGAGAUCUAAAUAAAACAAAAAUCUUUAACUAUUACUACUUACACAGGUCACAAUUUUGACAAUCCAAUUAUUUGCUACAUUACUUAGAAUAAUUGACACUUUUACAUUAAUCAUGGAAAUUAGGGACUUAUUUGCAUAAUUGUUAUUUGCUAAUCUUCCACCUGCCACAAACUAUGACGCUUGAAUACAAGACGGUGUAUUCCAGCCCGAUCGUGAAGAUGAUCGCCCGAAGGCCGGAGGGUGAUCGGACCCGAGAGAGGAUUAUGUCACAACCUUGACUCACCUGUGCUGUACGUGCCAGUACGCAGGUGGACAGCUGGAGGGGUGUGUGAGAGUCAGGCUAGGAUGGACGGCAAGACUGUCAUCAUCACGGGAGCGAACACGGGCAUCGGCAAGGUCACGGCCAGGGACAUGGCGCAGAGAGGUGCCCGUGUGAUUCUAGCCUGCAGAAGUCUGGAGAAAGCAGAGGAGGCUGCUAAAGAAAUCCGAAGUCAGACGGGAAACAAGAAUGUCGUCGUGCACAAACUUGACCUGGCGUCUCUGACGUCAGUGAGACAGUUCGCAAAGGUGAUCAAUGAUGCUGAGCCAAGAUUGGAUGUCCUGAUUAACAAUGCAGGUGUGAUGGGCUGUCCCAGAUGGGAGACAGAAGACGGGUUUGAGAUGCAGUUUGGAGUCAACCACCUGGGCCACUUCCUCCUCACCAACCUCCUCCUGGACCUGCUGAAGAAGUCUGCUCCCAGCAGGGUGGUCACGGUGUCUUCGUUGGGACAUGCUUUUACGAGUGGCAUUGACUUUGACGACAUCAACUAUGAAAAGGACUAUGAUAAAGGGGAGUCCUACCGCAGAAGCAAGCUUGCUAAUGUACUCUUCUCCGGGGAACUUGCCAGGAGGUUAGAAGGUACUGGGGUCACAUCAAAUUCCCUCCAUCCGGGGGUCAUCUACACAGAACUACACCGGUAUCAAGAGGAACUCAUACAUGGAGCAGAAGGGGCACAACUUUCCAAGGUGGCCAAUAAGGUCAUAGAAGGAUUUGUUGGUAUAUUUGGAAAGACCUGGGAGGAGGGAGCCCAGACCACUAUCUGUUGUGCAGUAGCUGAGGAAUGGCAGAACACAACUGGUCUGUACUUCAGUGACUGCGUGCCCAAGGAGCCGUCAGCGGCAGGCAUGGAUGACGAGGCAGCUGCCAGACUCUGGGACGUCAGCGAGAGGAUGGUCGGACUCAAGUCAUAACGUCACACAGAGCAUGUUUCACUCUACAUAGGGUUACUCCCGCUAGCUAGUAACUUAUAAGACGGACGGAGUUCUAUUACAUUGUCAACAUAUUCAAUUACAUUUUGUAUAAUGAAUAUGUCAUAUGAUACAAACAGCAGAAUUUUAAACUUAACCCAAACUUAUAUUGUAGGUACUAAACGCUUUGUAACCACCUACUAAACCCUUCAAUCAAUAACUUAAGCUUGUUACAUUUUAUGUAUCUUGGACUACACAAACAAUUAGUAACUUGCAAUUGCUGUGAAUUGCUUGUUGUUGAUAUCAUUUUAUUUGUCUUCGUCAGUUGUAAUCUUUUUUAGGGGUGAUGUUUAUAUUGGCAUGUUGAUAGAGUGCACCACCUCUCUGUCCUGUACUGUACUCUGUUAAUCAAUAAAAAUACAAUUAUACGUUUAUUGCAAGUUCAUGCCCGAGCGCUAAUUGCAGGUACAAGCAACAUGUAUAAUAACGGAAGGUACAGAGGUGCUAGGAACAACAUUCUAUGACUAUGCUGUGCUACUUAAGUGUACAUUAUACCAAUUUUGUUAGGUUUGAUUUCUUCUUUUUGGGCAGUGGAAGACGAAGUUACCCACUCCUUUAUAAUGUGUGGGUUCUUUGAUAAAAUGGUAUAUAAUGAUGUGAAUACCCACUUGAACAGGGUACUGCUGAAGUUCAAUGUAGGACAAGUGGUUGCAUCCAGGUUCCAAUCAUUACUGGCCCUUCACUGCCUGUUCCUUGUUGCUAUAACGUUAUAUUCUCAUCCUUAGAAAUGCAUCAGUUUAUACAUACUAUUAGCUUUUGUAGUUACUGGAGCAUAAAGAACACUGUUGUAGACUUUACGUUUGUUGCAAAAUAAAUUUACUUUUGUGC